UGGGACGACUCCGCAAAUCAACUUACUUGGAUCGCAAGGCGUCCAUCGGAAACCUGUAACUGCAAAAUCAACUUACUUGGAUAGAAAGGCAUCGAUAGGAAACCUAUAAAUAUACGAGUCCCGAAAAGGAUAGACGUAGAGAGAGAGAGAGAGAGAGAGAGCGAACGAACGAACGAACGAACGAACGACCGACCGACCAUACGUACAUACAUGGAAGGAGGAGGAACAGAAGCGUUUCCUGAGCUGGGGAAGCACUGCCAACAAUCUUCAUGCAAUCAGCUGGACUUUCUUCCCUUCAACUGCGACGCAUGUCUAAUGGUAUAUUGCGUGGAGCAUAGAUCCUACAAAUCCCACGACUGCCCAAAAGCUGAGCGCCAGAGCCGAACUGUGGUGGUGUGCAGCUCAUGUUCAAUGUCGAUAGAAAGAGACGGCAGCAAGGAUGACAAGAUCAUCUUGGAGCAACACCAACAGUCUGGGAACUGCAAUCCUUCUAAUAAGAAAAAGCCCACAUGCCCCGUCAAGCGAUGUAAACAAGUACUGACCUUUUCCAACACCGCCGCUUGCAAAAUUUGCCAUCAGAAGGUGUGCUUGAAGCACCGUUUCCCUUCCGACCAUGCCUGCAACAACCCCGACGCAUCCACAAGAUCUAAGUUACUGACUGCUUUGGCUGCUCGGAGCAACAAGACAUGUGGGCAGGAGAAGCAUAUGUCAUCUCCUCCCCCACCAUCUGUCAAAGCUUAUUGAUAUUGAAUGGCUGAUGUUUAUUUAUUUCAAUAACAUGUCUCCAAAAACCCCUGUAAUCUGCAUUCCACUUGCAAAAAUAACCAGCAAGCGUUCCCUGUGGACAUAAUAAGGAAAAAUAAAAUAAAAAAUAAAAAAUGCAAGACAUGCAUCAAAGAAUUGCCUGCAA